AAACUCUGCCCAAGAAUCAAGAAAAUUAGAGAACCAAGAAACCAACAUACCUCAAUAUUCUACUUAUUCUUUUUUGUUCAUUUUUUUCACUAUGGGGCAUUUCAUCAAGCAAGUGGUUUUUUUCUUCUUGUUGGUGAUUUCAACUCCAUUUGUGCAAAUUGAAGCUAGAAAAAGCAAGUUUAUGAUCAUUCCUGCAUCCCCUUCACCAGCUCCAACUCCAGUUUCUAAUGAAAUUAGCUUUCCCCCAUUUUCAUCUUUUAGUCCAACCCCGUCACCAACACCAGCACCAGCACCGAUCUUUAAUGAUUUUACUUUUCCUCCGUUGUCGUCUUUAAGUCCAACACCAGCACCAGCACCAGCACCAGAAGCGGGCGAUCAAGAUCCUGAUGAAAAUGGCAUGCCAACACCGGCAGGGGCACCGGAGGAAGGUGGCAUUGAAGCACCAGCACCCCUUUUAACUGAUACUCCUUAUGGACUUUAUGGUCCUCACUCUCAGAAAGUUCCUUCUACUGUCACCAAUCUUGAUGAUGUAGAAACUCAAACUCUUGACAAGGAAUUCCAAGGUGCCCGCUUCAAUACAGACGAGUCCAGCAAAAACAACAACAAUAAUGGCUACUCCGAAAAUUACAAUUACGAUAGCCACUCAGAGAAUUACAACAACAACAACAAUGGCUACUCGGAGAAUUACAAGAACAACAACAAUGGUUACUCCGAGAAUUACUACAACAACAACAACAACAAUGGCUAUUCCCAAAAUUACAACAACAACAACGAUGUUUUCUCCGAGAAUUACAACAACAACAAUGAUGUUUUCUCCGAGAAAUACAAUAAUAACAACAAUGGUUUCUCUGAGAAUUACAACAAUAACAAUGAUGUUUUCUCCGAGAAAUACAAUAACAACAACAAUGUCUACUCUGAGAAUUACAACAAAAAUAAUGGUUUCUCCGAGAAUUACAACAACAAUAAUGGUUACUCUGAGAAUUACAACAACAAUGUUUUCUCCGAGAAAUACAAUAACAACAACAAUGGCUACUCUGAUAAUUACAAAAACAACAACAAUGGUUUCUCCGAGAAUUACAACAACAAUCUUUUCUCCGAGAAUUACAACACCAAUGGCUUCUCCCAGAAUUACAACACUAACAACAAUAACAACAACAAAAAUGUUUUCUCCGAGAAUUACAACAACAAUAACGGUUUCUCCAAGAAUUACUACAACAACAAUGGCUACUCCGAGAAUAUGGCAGAGAGGCAAGGAUUAAGCGACACAAGAUUCUUGGAGAAUGGCAAGUACUACCAUGACAUCAAGAAUGAGAAUCCCAGCAACAACAACAACAAUGGCUACUCUGAGAACUAUAAUCGUGUUAGCAGCUACAAUAACAAUGCCAAUAUGGUUGAAAGGCAAGGAUUGAGUGACACAAGAUUCUUGGACAAUGGCCAGUACUUUUAUGGUAGCAAUGGUGAGAAAAUGUCCAUGGAGGAGUUUAAAAGACAACAGGACUAUCCAGGCACUGAGAAUGAACUUCCUUGAAGAUAAACAUUUAUCAAUUGGUUCAGGAAGAAAGGACAAAAGCAGGGGACAUGGAAAUAGAUUUUACAGAGUUUGAUUGAAUUUUAAGUUAUUAUGAGUGAGUGUUUGUGCAUUAUAGUUCUACUUGUGUCUGCAAACACAUUUUUUUUUUAGUUCUGUAAAUCAGACCAAGGGAACUUUGUCUUGUUUAACACUUUUUGUAUUUUUUUAAACUUAUUAUAAUGACAUUGAGGCUUCACUCCUGGUUAUGCCA